AUGACUAGUACUAUCAACUUUUCGGACGUUUACUCUUACGACCAAAGACACUCCGACAGUCUUCCUCAAAUGAUGUUGUGGGGCAAUCCUCAGUCCUUCUACCCGCAAUACUCGCUACCCAAUCCCGACUCCAUGCUCGAUCAAUACUCCUGCGCUUCCAACUUGUAUUCACAGUCAACCUUCCAGAAUCUUCCGAUCAACCAGUAUUCUUAUCAGUCUCCGUACCACUAUACGUGGCAGUCGCUCUUCCACUAUGGCCAAGGAGGUGUCCAAGGUGGGCCAUGGCCUCCGGCUUAUGGUGUAGACCUUGACACAGGGCUUACCACCGACCUCACGUCUUACCAGAUGCCGGGAAUGUACGGUCAAGUAGUGAACCAAGCUCCACCUAUGAGUGACUCGACAGACUCGUCUGGCAGCCCUCAGCAACCUCUAUUGGUCGAGGCAGGAAGCACAAGGACCGCAUCACCGACGGGCACAGGGACCGCCGAUGACCCGAUCACCUACAUGUGCGACGCCCUGUGCCAAACGCAGGAACGAGGCAGGCAGAACGCACUCGUGUCGAGCCUCAAGAACAAGCCGAGCUCGAUGAAAGUCAGUCUUCGAUUUGUGAUUGAGAGCCCUGUGGGCCAGGAGGCAGAUCGGGAGACGAGUCGAGAGGUCCAGCCCGACGGACCUGCCCAGCAGCCGUGGGAACAAGCCACACAAGGCCGUCCUUCCAACCACUAUACGAGUCCGACUACCUCAUCAAUCCUUCUCUCGCCUAUAUUUGCUGCUUUCACUGCCCUCAGUGACCCCUAUCCCAAUACUUGGAUUCUCGGUCGCUUCUUCGACCCAGCAUCUGCAAUGCAUUCAAUCAAGCAUGAGGCCCGAGACGUCGCUUGGGGACGAGCCGACCGUAAACUCAACUCCAAACCUUCGACCAGACGCUCUCAGCAUCAUGUUGGCCAAUCAGAACUCGAGCAGAACAAACUGCAGCGCCGCCAUACUGCAGACCAAUCCCUGUCAGAUAGCAGUAUCAGGCGCAAAGAUGCGUGCAAUUUGGAUUGUGCCGACUUUGCCUGUCCCCACCAAGCUAACAAAGAGCCGCCAGGGUCCAGCACCUCCUUCGAUACGCCCUCAUCCAAUAGAACCCUUGUCAACGUCCUUCUCGUCUGUGUUCCUGUCGGUUUCGCUCUUCGGUACACCCACGCCAACGGCUAUGCCGUCUUUAUCGUCAACUUCCUUACCAUCAUCCCUCUUGCCGUCAUGCUGUCUUUUGCAACCGAAGAGCUUGCUUUGUACACUGGUGAGACCUUAGGAGGUCUUCUCAAUGCGAGUUUUGGUAAUGCCACCGCAUUGAUCGUCAGUAUAAUCGCUCUGGCACAGCAUAAGAUCUUCAACUUCCAAACUUCUUUGAUCGGUACCAUGCUGUCCAAUUUACUCCUAGUCCCGGGCAUGUGUUCAUUCUUUGCCUCUAGCAUGCUUGCUGUCUCGAUCGGCUCAUUAAUCAUACCUGCCGCUGUCCAGAGUUUCGGCAACAAUCCUGCUGGUGGAGCUCGCAUCAGUGCCGGUCCAGCUGCUCCACUUGGGGGCCAAGUCAAUCAGUUCAACUUCGUUUAUGAAGAGGACGAGAAGGGAGAGUCGAGUGUGCCGUCUGUCAUUAGUGCUCUUACCAUCUUGACUAUUGCGAUAGUCUUCGUCGCCGUCACCUCUGAGUUCGUGGUCGGUAGUAUUGAUUACAUCGUUGAACACGGUCGCAUCUCCGUAGGGUUCGUUGGUCUUAUGCGGGUGCCCAUCGUGGGAUGCGCUACUGGUAAGUUGGAUCACGCGCUUAUGAGAGGCUACGAAGAAGCUAAUCUGAUAUACGGAACAUGCAAUGGCGGUCACUAUCGCGAUCAAGGACAAGAUGGCUCUUGCAAUUGGCGUCGCCAUUGGCUCAAUUCAUCUGCUGGAAUCCCGAUGUACCAUUACCAUCUAGGUGCCCCUGCUUGA